CCCAGAUCUAUCGUGCCAUGGCCGCUGGUGGCUACGCCGGCACUGCCGGAAAGCUGAAGUUUGUGAAGUUGAGCGGGGAAGAAAUCCCUUACCAAGCUCCUCCCAACAGCACGCUACGCGACGUGGCGCCCCAGCUGGCAAAAUUCUUUCCAGGUGGCUCCGUCCGACUGAUCGAUGAAUCUGGGAAAUUACUCUACAGUAAUGACCCACUUCCUCAGGAGGGUGUCCUGCAGGUGCAAGUAAUGGGAAUCGCUCCUGGUGCUUGGUCCAAGUUGUACUUUGGUGCCCUGGAAGGUUUCGAAGAGUUGCCGCUUCGCAAGGCCUUGGAAGCCGCCUGGCCCGGCGACUACCAGGGUUCCACUGAAGAUGAGGAGGAGCUGGACCAUUGGCAAAACGCGACCUUUCAGGAACUUCAAACGGGGGUUCUGAAGUCCUGCGGCUACUGGGCGGACUACUGGACCUUUGGGACUUCAGCGGACUCCUAUGGCUAUUGGUACCUGAAACUGGAGAUGGGGACGGAGGAUGCGAAAUGA